AUGUUGCCAGAGUGCAUGCUGCAACCUGAUUCCGGUCCUUGCAAGCCGUAUGUGAAGAGGUAUUUUUUCAACAACAUCACCGGUCUGUGCGAGCCUUUUGGUUACGGAGGAUGUGAAGGGAAUGCCAACCGGUUCAUGACCAAAGAGGAGUGUCUGCAAAGAUGUUACUGCUCUGAUCAAAGGUGUUACCUCCAUCCUGACUCUGGUUCCUGCACAAAGAAAUUAACACGAUACUUCUUCAAUGUCACCAGUGGGCAGUGCGGGAAGUUUCAAUAUGGGGGAUGUCAAGGAAACGGAAAUAGGUUUGCGACAUUAACCGACUGCAGUAUCACAUGUCGGUGUUCGUCUUGUGUGGUAGCAAAUGGUCAGUGUUCUGGCUAUUUCUACAACAAACAUACUCAAACAUGUCGCUAUACGUCUAGGAGAAGCUGCAGUGCUAGUCAGCCAAACAUGUUUGACACCGCUGCUCUGUGCACUAAUAAAUGUAACAUCUGUGAUUUGCCAAUGGACCAAGGACCGUGUACCGGACAAAUAGGGUUAUACUACUACGACAAAACACCCCCACGACCAGGGUGCCGCCGAUUCCUGUGGGGAGGAUGUGGAGGUAAUGCCAACAAGUUCGUGGACGAAGAAAUGUGCCAUUUCAAAUGCGGUGGUGCUGAUUACCCUGAACAAGAGAACAACACACAUCAAGCUGAAAACCUUUCAAAGGGUGUGAUUCCGGUUUGA